AGAUGGCGGCGUAGGACUGCUCUUUCGCUGAAAACAAUAGAAACCAAACACACGGGAAUAUCUGCAUUUUUACGCCGUUUUCCGUCGGGCCCGGAGCACACACGUCCCCGGCCCGGAGCUGACCGGACUGGGGGGCCAUCCGACGCGGCUGCUCGGCGGAGGAAGCUUGAAAGUACCAUGUUUUGUUUAAGCGUCUGAAGGCAAAAACACAGUUAGCAGCUAGGCGGCUAACUGCUAACUCCGCGGAUCAGCUGUAGCAACAACCGCAGCCUCGCAGCUCGUCCCUAUGAUGGGCGACUGUGUGACCCCCAGGCACAGUGCGGUGAUGGAGCGGUUGCGUCGGCGGAUAGAGCUGUUUCGGCAGCACCAUCACAGCUGCGAGUCCCGGUACGACCGAGCGUCUCUGGAGCGACUGGAGCUGGAGCGGCAGCAGACCUACGCCCUGCACCAGCGCUGCCUCCAGGCCAAAGCCAAGAGGAGCAGCAAGCAGAGGCAGAGCCAGCCCAGUGUGGGAGAGGCCCCCGGAGGGAGGGGGCCCGAGGGGGCGGAGGGGCCCGAGCAGAGCCGCAACACCACGCUCAUCGCUCUCCAGGAGACUGUGAAGCGUAAGAUCGAGCGCGCUGGUUCUCCUCCGGGGCAGGUGAACGGCUUUGGGGACGGGUUUCCUCCAAAUAAAAAGCAGUGCCUGGACAUUAGCGCCACCAACGGGUCGCCCCUGGACUCUAAACUGGGCCUGAUCGAGUCCAUAAGUGCCAACGGGAAACACGAGAGCAGCGAUGGAGAUCCAGGAGCGGACUUCCACCCCAAAGAGAUGAAACAGGAGCCAGACGACAUCCUGCCCAUCAUGCCCCCGUCGGGCUCUCACUCCGCCAGCCUGUUCCCCGACCUGAACCUGAACGAGCAGGAGUGGAGCGAGCUCAUGGAGGAACUCAACUGCUCCGUGCCGUACGAGGACAUCCAGGACAUCCUCAACGACGACUUCGAGGACCGCAAGGACCCGCUGGAGCUCACCCCCGGAGCCUCCACCGACCCGCAGGGACCAGGGGCCGGGGCGGGGUCGCAGGCGGCCGCAGGGGGGGCUCUGUCCGGGGGUGCGGGCGGAGCGGGGUCUGGGGCAUCUGGAGGAGGGGGCAGACAGGCCGGUCCAGGUCUGAUGCCCCCGGAUCUGUCCACUGUCAAAUCAGAGUAUUCUCCGGCCGCUCUGGACUCUCACUCUCCCAUGGUGAACAUCCGCUCCUCUGUCCCUCCCUCCUCUUCACAUCCCAACUCCUCGCUCCCUAACUCCUCGCUGCCUAGCUCCGCCCCCUCCGCGCCCCCACCCUCCUCCACCUCGCCGGCGUUACACCCUCAGUCCCAGGGGUCCCGGCCGCUCCAGAACCACCUGCUCCCCUCCAAAGACCUGACCCCGGCCCAGCAGCUGCAGCAGCUGGCUGCGCAUCAGAGGCAGCAGCACCUCCACGGAGCCCUGCAGCACAAACAGAACCAGCCGGGGGCCAAGUUCCACCCGCAGACGCAGCACGGGCACCCGCCGGCCUGGGCACAGAUGGGAGCCACAGCGCAGAGUCCCAUCGGAGGAGCCUUCAGCAUGGACAAGCCCACCAGCCCCUCUGUGUACCAGCAGGACAUGAUGUACAACCCUAACCAGAACCAGCUACUGUUACCCUCUCAGCCCGGGAAAGGCUCUCCGAAGGCGGGCACUUUCCACCAGGGCGGUCCCCCGGUGAUGGGCCACUCUCUGGGUCACCCCGCUCCUCCUCAGCAGCAGCAGCCUGGAGCUCAACUCAGCUACAACAACACCAAGCCUCUGUCCCACUACGAGGCCCGAGCUCCACCGAGCAGCGACCAGACCAAGAACCAGCUCAUGAAUCUCCUCAGACAGCAGCAGCAGCAGCAACAACAACAACAACAGCAGCUCCUGAAGCAGAAGAACCUGGGCUACAGGCCACACCCACAGCACCCACAACAUCCACAGCACCCUCAGCACCCACAGCACCCACAGCACCCACAGGAGCAGAACAGUUUUGGUGGCUCCGCUCUCCAGCAGCAGCAGCAGCCUGGCCCUGGCGGCGCUGGGAUGGGCGCCGGCGCUACCAUGGGGGCCAACCACGCAAACCCCGCAGCAGCUAUGGGCGGAACUGCAGCGUACAUGAACAGCCAGCAGAUGGCAGCAGCACUCAAACAGCAGCAGCAAAGGCAGCAGCAACAGUACCUGCAGAGGCAACAGAUGAUCGAGCAGGAGAAACAGCGUCAGCAGCAGGACCAGCAGAUAAAGAGGCACCUGUCACGUCCUCCUCCCCAGUACCAGGACCAGAGCGGGCAGCCCCCCCCUCAGAACGCCUUCACCCAGCAGCAGUUCACCGGUUCAUCUGCGUCAAUGGGAGGCGUCGUUUCUCUGGCCUCCUCUAACCCUGCCUCCCGGAUGUUCCCUCCACCCCAGGGCAUGAUGGGAAUGGGUGGCACCUCAGUAGCCCCGCCCACGAACCCCCAACAACCUCCACAACCUCAGCCUCAGCCGGACAUGCUGGCGGCGAACGGCAUGUACAGCAACCCCAACAUGAGCCAACAGCAGCAGCAGCAGCAGCAGCAACAGCGGCAGCAGCAGCUCUACCGCCAGAGUCUCAUGAUGAAGACGCAAAACAAUGCCGCCAUUUUAAAACAGCAGCAGCAGCUCGGGGUGAGACUUCCGGGGCAGAUGGGACCCAACAUGUCCGCCGCGCUCAACGCCAACCACCAACCGCCGCAAAACGUCACGUGGAACCAGCAAAUGGCCAACUCGCAGCUCGCAAACCAGCAACUCCCGAACCACAACGCACAAAUGCCCAACAGUCAGCUCGCUGGCCAACAAAUGCAUAGCAACUUUAGCAACGCCGCUCAGAACGCUUUCCACUUACAGCAGCAGCAGCAGCGGCUACCCAAGAUGCAACAGUUCGCCCCCAACCGACCGCUCAACGCCAUGAACCCGGGACAGCAGAUGAUGCAGCGGGCGCCCACCAGCUUGUCCCAGCAGCAGCAGCAGCAGCAGGGGGCGGACAUGGGCGCGUUCGGGCAGGGGGGCGGGGCCAGGGGGGUGGCAGCUGCGGCGGCGGCGGGCACGGGACUGCAGUGUAACUACGGCGUGGGCAGGACGAGCAGCCAGGCCCAGCAGCAGCAGCAGCUCUCCUGUGGGUAUAACGUGGCGCAGGGCAGCUUCGCCGAGGAGAGCGAGCUGGUGGACUCUCUCCUGAAUCGACAGACCAGCCAGGAGUGGAUGGACGACCUGGACGAGCUGCUCGCCAGACACCACUGACGCUAAGGGGACAGGAAGGGGCGGGACUUACAGGGGGAGUAAACAGGAAGGGAGGUGGUGACGAGAUUCCACCGCUCCACUGAGUUACAGUAUUAGCUGAGGUUUUGUUGCAUCUUCCAAGCAGAGAUACAAAACCAAAACGUUAGGAUUUGGUUUGUGAAUAGUUACUAAUAUUUGGAGUUACUUUUGCCUCAUUAAUAUUCACAAAUGCACAGAGGGUGAUCGACAAACAGUCAUCAGUUUGUACAUGCGUUUUGAUAGCCACAGAUGCAAGUUUAAUACUUGUAAGUUGUAUUUUGGUCUUUAUAAACAGAUGUAUAUUUUGUAAAUAUGCAUUUUUUCAUUUGAAAAAAAAAACAUUUGUGAAACUAAAAACUGAAUCACAUUUGUGGAUCACCAAUUACUAACAAUAACCAAAAUAUCAUGAUAUCGUAUAGUCAAAAGUCUCACAAUAAUAUCGUGAACUGUCACAAUAUAUCGAAUCACAAGUUCCUUUGCUUAAAUGCAGGUUUUAUAGUAGCAACAGCUUAUAAAUAUCAGGAAAUACAUAUCCCAUGAUUCAUUUCAAUGCAGACAACAUGAAGAGAUGUUUUUUUUACUUGAAUUCCUGACCCCACCUAGUGCCUCCACUCAAUUUAAUUUCUCUGCAGCGACUAGGUCAGGGAUUGGAAUACACUAGACCAGGGGUGUCAAACUCAUUUUGGUCUGGGGGCCGUAUCCAACCUACUUUGAUCCCAAAGGGGCCGGAUCAGAAAACUCAUGUCAUAUAAACCCCAAAAAUAACAAUAAGUUCAAAUAUUUGUGCAGAGAAACACAAAUCUAUUAUAGAAAUCUUUUUUAAUUGAUUAACUCUUUCUUAUUAUAAUAUUAUAAUAUUAUGAACAACCUGAAACUUUAAGAAAAAUUCAAUUUCAGCAUUUAAAAUAUUUUAGUAGAAAAUCACCCAAGGGCCACAUUAAAGGUCUUGGAGGGCCGGAUCUGGUCCCCGGGCCUUAUGUUUGACACCUGUGCACUAGACGGUUUGCAAAACCCCCAGAAAUGCG